AUGGCUCCUCAUGAGGGCCACAGUGUAGACAUGGAUAUGUCAGGCGGAGACAUGAGUGGCAUGGACAACACGCCUCUUAACUCAUAUUCGCGUGUCUGUCUAGUGCCAGGCAGUAGCAUGGGCAAUAUGAUGAUGAAGAUGUACUUCCAUGGAUCGAUAGGAGAUGACUAUUUCCUGUUCAAAUCAUGGGUACCCACUUCACCGGGGGCCAUCGUCGGAAUCUGUAUUGCAGUGUUCAUUCUGGCCAUUUUUGACCGAUACCUGGCGGCUAUGAGAAGGGCCUGUGAUAUGUAUUGGAGGAGAGGGCGAGUCGGUUUCACUGUUCCACGCUCUGGAGGUACGCAUGCCUACGCUCACCCAUCCCUACAAAACGCCUCGAAUGAAGGGAAUAGAGCAACGGGCCAUUCUUCGACCAAUGGCGAAGGUUGCUCUUCGACGAACGUGGAUACCGAUCAAAUCGAUUCAUUGGCAGCAGAUUAUUCAGGGCUGGACGAAAAGCUUGAUCCUUCCACGGCCCAUUUACCUCGAGCCGCUCGACUCGUAGAGGAUCCCAUGAGGACAGCUAGGUGGUCUAGACCAUUCCAAUGGGGUGUGGAUAUCCCUCGAGGACUCCUUCAGUCUUUACAGACUCUGAUUCAUUACGUUCUCAUGCUCACAGUCAUGACAUUCCAAUUAUGGUUCAUCAUCGCCAUCAUAGUCGGGUCAGGCGUAGGCGAAGUGCUAUUCGGACGUUUCGGAUCAGGUCUUCCUGGCUGUCCUUGA